GAUACUAAAAUAGUUCUCAUUUGCAUGUUUGCGCCAUCAUGUUGGGUUUCAAGUGUGAUUUAAUAAUUUCACAGCACGAGGGGCUGUGAGGGUGUCAUGGGUAGGAUUUCCCCCGCUUCGUCUCCCACUCAUUGGGAACUUCCAUGACUUAGGGAAGGAGGAUCCCAGCACUAUAAGUAAACGGGUCUCCGAAUGCCAGAACUCAUACCUCCCUCCGAUUCUGGUCUUGAGUGUUGCCUCGGCGGACAAUCAUUGUUCAGACUCUACUCAAGAUGUCUUCUCUCCGGCUGGCUGUGUUGACUCUCACUGUGGUCCUGCUCUUUGCUGUGUCUCUCACUGAAGGAUUCCGCAUAGCAAAUGCCCCCAAAAAGUGCUGCUUCGAUUUCACCUCGAAAGAGAUCCCAAUUAAACGAAUUUCCAGCUAUUCCAGGACCAGCCCGCAGUGCACCAACCCCGGGAUUCUGUUCAAAACAAAGUUCGGCCGUCAAGUGUGUGCCAGGCCAACGGAGAGCUGGGUGCAGAGCCACAUCAAGGUUCUCAGCAGCAAGUAACACAGCCUGCUUUCCGAUGGGAUCUCCGGCGAUCUCCUCUGUUUUUUAGCUGCUGCUUUCAUACAUGGCGAUUGCUUUAAAAACAUCCGAUGGAGCCGGCCGACAGACUUUCACUUCUGUGUUUUACUGACAGAAUAAGGCAGCUGAGUGGAAAAUGAGGCAAGCUCUGAUGCGAGGGCUUUAGUGUUUUCUCUGAGCAAUCUUUCCAGAAUUUGUUUAGCAGGGGUCUCCUACCUUCAGAACGCUUUUACAGACACAUUGACCUGUGUAUUGACAGAUAGAUCGAGCAUCACUAUUGCAAAUUCCCCUGAUAUAUUGAUAUUGUGAUGCUCAAAAGAAAUGAAAUACAAAACAUGUUUGUUUUUAAAGUGUCAUAUCAUUUUAAAGUGUGUUUUACUGUCACUCUCCGGCAGAUAGGUAUUUACUUGUUAACAGUCUUCCAUUACUUUCUGUUUCCUGGGGAUUUUGUAAUCGCAUAUAAUAUAUGGUAUACUCUAAACUGUUUACUUUUGCCAUAUUGUGACCAGAAAAUCAAUUGGUAUCAUUUACAAAACUAUGGCUUUUUUUCUUCCAAGCCUGAAAACCCAGACAUAAGCUGUCAUUAUUUAAGUACAGGUAUUUAAUUUGAUAGAUAUACAGUGUAGUGUUAAAAUGCUUUUAUACAUGUGUUAACAUUUGUUUUUAAUACUUCUGUUUUCUUGUGUCAUCAUAUUUUCAUUUUUUUGUUUUUUACACACUUUUUUUGUCAGUUAUGGAAUGUAAAAAUGUAUAAUAUGCACAAGGGGAAAUCCGCCUAAAAUUUGGAAAUGACUGUGAAAUUAACAACUCUGUGACUCUUAGAUGCACUGAUUCAAAGAUGUGUGUGAAACUUCAAGCUUCUUUUUAAUAGUUUUAAUGAAAAUCUUUGCUUUUGUUGUGGAAACUUAUCCUUCAAUUAAAGAAACACUGACAUGA